AUGAAUGACUUUAGCGCUCGAAUAACUCUUCGAAGACUGGCCCAGACUUACACUGGAGUCAAAAAGGCAUCAGACUACGGCUAUGGAGAGUUAGUCGAUCUCCUUAGAAAUCGUAUCGCUGUCUUGAUAACACAGGAUAUCGCCAACGAGGAGUUCUACAACAAACGGUUUGAUUCAUAUGUGAAACUCUGCAAUUCGAGCAGAGAUUUGGAAUUUGACCUUCUGGCCGAUGACCUGAUCGGCCACUUUGAAGACGUGACAACAAAAGCAGGAACCUCCGUUGAGCGAGCUUUCUUGACAUAUUCUUAUGUUAUUUCUCUCGGAUACAAAAUCUGCCAACGAUAUGACGUCCCAACUUUUGAGAAGAAAUCAUUCAUCGGAGGUCUCAAAAGACGUAGCUGUAGGGCGAUGCAGGAGUUCUUCGAAAUGGCUCAGAUUUCGAUUCAAGAAAAAUUUGGAGACCUUGCAAUCACCCCAGACCUCCUCGCUGACCCCGAAUUAGGAUGGCUCAAAGCAGAAAUUCCAAGUCCAGUCUACCUUCCAGGAUACGAAUCGGAUACCGAAGAUUCGUCCUAA